CUCCCAAAAGUACCGCUGUGCUGACGUAGCAGAGCUCCCAGCGCGAGCAACAAAGCAGAGCUGCUUUUAUUUAUCUUAACCCAAUCUAAUAGAUUUUCUAUCCGUUGUAAUAAAGUUUUGAUAUUUAGUUUAUUGGAAAUUUAAGUGGAAGGAUACAUGCAGUGGUGGCAUCUUCUCCUAGCGGCAGCUGGUGGCGAUGCUACUCCAUAGUUAGCCGGGGUUAGCUAGGUCCGGGUGACGGGGAGAGAGGACCGUGGGCAAAAAGCAGCUGAUUAUCGACAGACGAGGGAAACAAUAUUAAUAUUUUUAAAAAUAGCAUAAAAAUCUGGAAUUUGGUUUGUUUUUUCAGUAGAUGGGAUAUUAAGGUAAUUACCAGCCCCUUUGUCGCUAAGUUAAAGUAGCUGAUCUCUGACUGAGGGAGCAGAAAACCCGCUACGAUGAGCUCCGAAGAGGCAGCAGCGCCCAGCAAAGCCGCUCCGGAUGAAGAUGGCAUGACCUGGUGGUACAGAUGGCUCUGCAAAAUCGCCGGGGUUUUAGGAGGAAUAUCCUGUGCUGUAUCAGGUGUGUGGAACUGCGUCACUGUAAACCCUUUAAACAUCGCUGCUGGAGUAUGGAUGGUGUUGAAUGCCUUCGUGCUGUUCCUUUGUGAGGUCCCAUUCUGCUGCCAAUUCAUAGAGUUUGCAAACGCGAUCGCAGCCCGCGCAGACAAACUCAAACCCUGGCAGAAAGCCCUCUUUUACUGUGGGAUGGCCCUGUUUCCCGUGUUCCUGAGCUUCUCUUUUACGACCUUGUUUGGAAACGCCAUCGCCUUCGCUACCGGCGUGCUUUAUGGCCUCGCAUCCUUAGGCAAAAAGGGAGAUGCUGUGACUUAUGCCAGACUACAGCAUCAGAAGCAGGGGGACGAUGAGAGGAUGGCAGGGACAGCAAAUGGAGCUCCAGAGUGAGGCAGCGCCUGUUGCAGUGUUUCCAUCGUGUUGUUUUGCAGUUUUUACUUGAAACUUUUCCCGCCGCCAUCCUUUCGUUCCAUCUGUCUGAUUUUAUUCUCCAACACUACAGAACUGUUGUAAUGUUUAUUUGUUUGCCUGGUCUGGUGCAUGAACCCAGUAACAUAAACAUACCUUGAUGGAUACCAGAUGGGAUUUUUUUCAAUAUGGCUCAAAGUAUUUAACUACAGCUAUGUUUUAAAUUCUCCAUUUAGAUAAUAAUCACCCAUUAUUUAUCUCCAGUUUAAGUUUAAAAUAUUUGCAGAAAAUUUAAAAAUACUUCCUUGAAGCCUUCUAGUAUAGGUAUUAUUUCCUAAUGAUAACGUGGCAGUAAAAGAGAAAAGGAAAGUGCGCAUUCUUAGGGCAAACAGGAAGGCCCAUUUACAGCAACACAGUUGCCUCACCAGCUGAAACAAAUUUAAACAUUAACAUAAAUAUAUAUUUUUACAUGAAACUUUCACCUUUCUUGGAACAAAAAGCCAGCUAGGGGAUUAUUGCGGUGGUUGAAAUGUCAGGUCUUACAGAUCCAGGCCACUCAUACCUGCUGAAAGGUCUAUUUUCAUUUAAACUCAAGUGAGAAGAAAUUCUAUUGCUUAAAACUACUGAGUCUUAAUA